CUUCCCUUGUUCUUGGUUCUUAUCCCUUAUUUCUAUAAAUGGUCUUUGGGUUCUUCAAAGCUACCUCUUGAUACAGAUACAAAUAGUAGAAGAAGUUCAAUGCAAGUUUUCUUUAUCCAAGCUUUGCUUUUUGCCACAUAGUUACAUCUUGAUCAGUUUUAAAUAUGAGCAAUUCUGCAAGACCAAGGAUGAGAUCCAUGUUCAAUUUGGCGUAUGAUAGAGGUUGAAAGCUCAAAUCCCACCAAAACAACCACAGCCAAAAUCAUUUGUAACCGUACCAUCUCCACCGUACGUACUUCUUUCUUGCACCGAACCCUCAAAAAUUUCUUGGAAAAACUUGCAGGAAAAAGAAAAAAAAAGAAAGAUCUUGUCAUGAAGAGUAAACAGAAGAAUUCAUUCCUCAAGAGAACGAUACGUUCUCUAAUAUUUUCUCGAGAUGGUCAUACCAAUAGUUCAGCCAUGCCUAUUGAUGUUCUGCCGAAGAGCAAAUCACAUAACUGUGCGACAGCUUCCAGGGCUUCAAUCAAAGGUGAUCAGAAGCGCAAAACAAAGGGCCAAGUAACUCCAGAUGGUUGUUUUGCGGUGUACGUCGGGCCAGAGAAGCAAAAAUUUGCGAUCAAGAUUGAAUAUGUCAAUCACCCAUUGUUCAAGAUGUUACUCGAGGAUGCUGAAUCGGAAUAUGGUUUUAGCAGUGAAGGGCCUAUUCUGCUUCCAUGUGAUGUGGACUUGUUUCACAAGAUUUUGGCUGAGAUGGAUUGCGCAAAGGAGAUUGAUUAUGGCUGCGGUCUUGCAUACGGUUCGUGCAGUCCAUUCAAUCCAACUUGGCGUCUGGGAAGAAGUAGUGAUGCGGCUAAGGGUUACGGUUCAUAUGGAUGGGGUUCUUACUCCAAACCGUUUGCUAAACUUGAAUUAUUGUUGAAAGUGUAGAUGUGUUUAGAUUAGUGUCACUCUCAGGUAGGGAUUAUCAUAUGCCUGUCUAAUGUACCAGCGUACUAGAUACGGUGUUGUAACUUGCAAGGUGCAUGCUCUCAAUAUAGGGAACAGGAAUUUGGAUGCUAGCGUGAGUUGUGUAUGCUUGCCACUCGAUAUGGGGUGCAAAUAAUAAUACGUAAAGUUUUUCUUGUA